AUGGAGAGGAGAGACGGAUGCGCAGAUCUCGCUGUUGUUGGGAGGAUGAAGAGCUCUAAAUGCAUGUCCUUUCGAUACGCCUUGAAAAAGAAUCGCUCCGUCUUGAAGAAGCUCGAAUCUAUAGAAGACGUCGCGGAUUGGCUCAAUUCAAUUGUUUCGGGUGUGACACCUCAUGUUGCACAAGUGCCAGCUACUAAUAUGACUGAACAAUCUGCUGGAGGAUUAAACAUCGGCACAUAUAUGAAUGGUAAAUUUAAGAAGCCUCGUACUGACCCUGGAUUAGAAGAUUCUCUGGUUGGUUGUGGUGGAGGAAUUAGAUCGAGGAAACGGCGUCGUUCUGCAGAUGAUGGGAAAGGUGACUGCAAAGCUAACCCUGCUGAUGCUUCUAUGUGCAAGUCCGCAAAAGAUGGUUCUUCCCAUCACAUCAAAAAGGGAUCACUUGUUGAGGUUCUUUCCCAAGAUAGUGGCCUCAGGGGUUGUUGGUUUAGGGCCUUGAUAAUAAAGAAACACAAGGAUAAGGUUAAGGUCCAGUACCAAGACAUUAAGGAUGCAGAUGAUGAAUCUAAAAAGCUAGAGGAGUGGAUUUUGGCAUCGCAGGUUGCUGCUAGUGAUCAUCUGGGUCUUAGAAACCCAGGUCGGAAAAUAGUACGCCCAAAUCCGAAGCCCAGCAAAGAAAAUGAUGUGUGGGCUGUUGGUGUUGGCGUGCCUGUGGAUGUGUGGUGGUGUGAUGGAUGGUGGGAAGGGAUCGUGGCGCAGCAAGUUUCAGAAGAGAAAUUUGAAGUUUACCUUCCAGGUGAAAAGAAAAUGUCCGUCUUCCAUCGUAGUGAUCUUAGACAGUCUUUGGAAUGGUCAGCGGAUGAGUGGGUACACAUGAAACCAAGGUCUGAUCUCGUGAGUUCUGUCCUGUCCUUGAAGGAGAAGAAGAAAGAGGUCGAGAUGAAACAUGAUGAGAAGCUAUCUGAAGUUUGUGUUGGUGAUGGUGUGAUGUCAACAAAGGGUGAAGCUAAACACACCAUCUCUCUUCCAGUAGCUACAAGCAAUAAGUCAUCUACUAAGCCACCAGUAGUUCCAGAUCUUCUGAAGGACGUCUUAGUCUCUGAAUUAAAGUGGAAUGCAUCUAAGAAGCGAACUGCCAGAUGCUGUCCACGCUUGACUGAUGGCUUCUCAGGUGAAAGAUCCCCGGAUUGUGAGAAGUGCAGUUCCAUGGGAGAUUCUUUGUUUAGCGCUUCCGUUUCUGUAAGAAGGAAGCGUAAUAGAAUUGUUAGUCGAUGUCCGCACAAACCUAGCUUGACUGAUGGGUUCUCGUCUGAAAGAUCCUUGGACUGUGAGAACGGCGGCAAGUUCAUGGGAGAUUCUGUGUUUGGCUCUUCAGUUGGUCAGCAUUUGAGUGGCUUACUAAUGUCAAGAUGA